AUGGUGGAGCUUUUUCCUAACCUGGUCACAGCACUUAAGAUCUUACUGACAUUACCUAUAACUGCAGCUAGUGCCGAAAGAUCAUUUUCAAAACUGAAAAUUAUUAAAAGCUAUUUGCGGUCCCAAAUAUGUCAAAUGCGUUUAGUUGGUCUGGCAGUUCUUUCAAUUGAAAAGGAUGUAUCAAACAAAUUGGACAUGGAAGAAAUAAUAGAAGAGUUUGCAACAUUAAAAGCCAGAAAAAUAAAAUUUAUAUAA